CCCGAAUGUAAAGCUAUACAGCACAAAAUAAACUGUCCUAUCAAUAUUAGAAACCAAAUUAAAGAGAAGAGAUGACUAAGGAAAAUAUGGCAAAACACAAGGUAGCAGCAAGACAAAAUAAACUAUAAUACAGCCACAAACUGCAACAGAGAAGCACAAAAACUCCUACUUUUAAAAUUAUCUUCAAAAUUUAACACCAACUGCAGAUACUGAUUAUUUACUUUAAAAGACCACAAGAAAAUUAAAACAACCCAGUAAACACAUCCCGGCAUUAAGAAACCCAGAUGGCUCAUGGGCGAGAACAGAUCAAGAAGAAGCAUACUAAAUCCAAGACACGAUGCCUAUAUUACAGCAUCUCCCUACUUUCUAUAUGGAUUUUUGUUUACAUAUAUUUUUACUAUUAAAAUACUUGGACCAAAACUAAUGCGAUACAGGCAGCCAUAUAAUAUUAAAAAUCUUCUAAUUGGCUACAAUUUUAUUCAAAUUCUACUUAACACAUAUAUCGUAUACGAAGCCAUAAUUGUUUAUUUUUCAAAUUCAAAUUGGAUAUGUAUAGAUACGACCGAGAAAAAUAUUUUAGCAGACGCAAGGAAACAUUAUUAUUUUCUCAAAAUACUCGACUGUGUUGAAACAGUUUUUUUCAUAUUGCGGAAAAAAUACCAACAAGCUAGUUUUCUCCACAUAUAUCACCAUACUGGCAUUUUAUGCGCAGCUUUCUUGGCAUUUAGAUAUGACUAUGGGGAUACUACAUGGAUAAUUGGUGGUUUAAAUUCGCUAACUCAUGUUUUUAUGUAUGUUUACUAUUUAUUGAGUGCUAUAAAUUCCAGAUGGAGCAAGUAUACCACAAUAAAGAAGAGUUUAACCUUAUUACAGAUUGUGCAACUGAAUGUGAUAUUGUUUUCGUUGGCAAUAACAAAACUUAUUCCAGAGUGUUAUUCAGUGCCAACUUAUAGUUUAGUUAUAUGGAUAUUUCAAAAUGUGUUUAUGAUCAACUUAUUUGUAAGAUUUUACAUUAAAUCAUAUGUAAAUAACCAAAAGAGUGUAGGUAAAAAGAAAUAAUUGUAUUUUUUAAAUAAAUUUAAUAUAUAAUAA